AUGUUAAAUAUUAAAUAUACACCAGAAGAAUCACCUAGUCCAAAUAGGUGGAGCAGUUCUCGAGAAGAAAAUUCUGGGCUGGAUAAGAGCUCUACAGGAAGCAAUAAACGUCUAUCAAAAAAUAUUUCCAAACGAGAUGCUUUGGAAAAAUAUCAGGAGCAUGAUGAUGGUUCCAGUUACAUGAAUGAUUUCGAUAUUGAAGGAAGCGAAGAUUUGAAUCUUUCUUAUUCCAAGUUUUCUCGUAUAUCGGGAGUGUCAUUUAUAAGUGGUAACGAAUCCAACAGACUGAACUCUAUAUCAGGUUCGCCUUUCGUCAAGAACAUUCAAACAAGGUUGCAGGACAUCAAGUUUGAAGAAGAACGAAAAUUGAAUAGUCGAGAUGCUGUUCGACCAAGUAGAUCUAAUAGGCCGAAAAGUUCACACGCGAGAGAUAAGCUUAUGUAUCUGAUUGAUGAAGGUGCUCUGAAGAAUGCGAAUGAUGAAAAUGAAUCUCCAUUUAUAGACCAUGCUCCUAUAUUAAAAACACCAGUAGAAAAAAUAGGGUCGACUUUUGAAGAUAAUUUUGACUUGAGGCCAAAGAAGUACGACCACCUACAAAACCCCAAAAUCAGAGGAUCUUCAGAGCAGUCGGAACACUUUGCAGCUAACGGUUCCAAAAUCCCUGUUAGGUCAACUCCAGACAAACGGAGACAGCAAAGGAUGUCUUCAGUAAAAGUAUCAUUAACUCCAGCUCAACGGUUCGAAAAGAGGCCAGGUACCAGACUGACUAAUGCGUUGGAGAAUUUUCAAUUUUCAACUUUAGUUGGUAGAGGUGCUUCUGCUAACGUAUACAAAGGUAUCAAUUUGAAAACAAACCAGGUGGUAGCUAUAAAACAAAUCAUUCUAGAAAAAAACCAAAAUGUGAUGGAAUUAAUGGGAGAAAUCGACCUAUUAAAAAUUUUAAAACAUCCCAAUAUCGUGAAAUAUCAUGGGUUUGUAAAAACUUCAACCUCUUUAAAUGUUUUUCUUGAAUUUUGCUCCAAAGGUUCUUUGCGACAAUUAUACCAACAUUCGAACCAUGGUUUACCUGAAGUUCAAAUAAUCGGAUUCGUAAGACAAAUCUUACAAGGCUUAAACUAUUUACAUGAGCAGGGGGUUGUUCAUAGAGAUGUAAAAGCUGCAAAUGUCCUAAUUACUGAAGAUGGAUUUAUAAAGUUAGCAGACUUCGGGGUUGCAACGAAAGUAUCUUCUCAGCAUGAAACCGUUGUUGGAACACCUAAUUGGAUGGCUCCGGAAACUGUUUUGGGUGGUGAAGGUCUUUGUACGGCUUCUGAUAUUUGGUCUCUAGGUGCUACAAUUAUAGAAUUAUUUACAACUAACCCACCUUAUCAUGAUUUAAAUCCCAUGGCUACUUUACAUGCAAUAGGCACAGAUGACCACCCUCCGCUACCAAAGAACAUUUCUCCUUUGGCUAAAGAUUUUUUAUUAGAAUGCUUUCAAAAACAACCUAAUCUAAGAAUCAGUGCUAAAUUGCUCUUAAAACAUAAGUGGGUAACUAAAUCAACCAAAGAAAAGCAUAUUGCGGAUGUAUCUUCUUCGGCUCCUAAUUCUAAUAGCCAUACUAUUAACCCAAUAUCUAUUCAUAAUUACUCUGAAUCUAACGAAGAAAAUUGGGAGAAUGACUUUCUUGAUAUGAAUCUACCAAAAAUUAAAGCUUCAUCCGCAGAAACUAUGCAAUCACAGUCUAGUCGCAAUGAAAGUCGAACGAAAAUACCGAAGAGUGAACUAUUAAACAAAUUUUUGGAUAAGAAUGAGGAUUUUGAUUUUGAACAAGAGACACCAACAAUAAUUUCAAAGUUUGACAAGACUGAUGAUUUACAAGUAAAUUUGGAGUCAAAUAAUCUUGAUGAAUCUCCUCAUGAAGAAGAAGAUAAUGAUCCAUUUUUAGAGAUUGAUAUUGAGGACUUCAAUACCAAUGAAUUGGAAGUGCAAAGUAAAAUGGAAUUUUUGACAACAAAGUUCUCAAAUAGAGUUGAUCUUUGUCAUUCUGGUAAUGACGAAGUUACUUCCUCGUUAAUCAAAAUAACCGGACGGAUGUUACAUUUGGUAAAAAAAUAUAGAAUACUGCAUGACGUUUUAAUUAGAGACCACGGGAUUCUUUCCUUAUUAGAAUUACUAGAGAAUGCACCUGAACUCCCAAAGCAUCAGAAAUUAUGGUUCCAUGCAUUGUCUAUUUUGAAUAACAUCUUUGAGAAGAAUACUUCCCAAUUUGAAAAUUUUUGUUUAUUGGGCGGUAUACCUGUAGUAACACAUUUUAGAAGCUCAUCUUACGACCAACAGGUCAGAUUGCAAGUUGUUAAAUUUAUUAAGUUUUUAAAUUUUUCCGAAAAGGCAUUAUCAAUGUUUGUAUCUAGUGGUGGUCUUCGUGUUUUAUCUAAAUUUGUUGAAGAGGAUUUUGAUGCUACUCCCGAAUUUCCUUUGACUUCAAUUGAUUGUAUCUAUAGUAUCUUAUCAAAAGACUUGACGAGAUCAAAAUCUAAUCUUUGUCGUAUUUUAUCAAAAUAUGGAGUUAUAUUCUGGUUUGUUGUUCUACUUAAUAGACUUACAAAGUCUCAUUCAAAAUCAACUCCGGAUGGAAUUUCUCUGGACCAAAUACUGUCGACUAUAAACAAGAUAAUUGAAAUUAUAAAAUAUUUUGGUCAAUCGGAGACUAGGGUACGGGUGAAUAUUUCCAACAGCGAUCUUUUCAAGCUUUUAAUAAAGGUCUAUCCAAGUCUACAAUACCAGCAUCAAUUGGUAAUAUUGAAAUUCUUUAAAUCCAUUUCUCAAAUUUCAGACAUACUAAAAGUUUUGUAUUCUGCUGAUAUUUUGGAGUUCCUUGUGAGAAUCAUGGAAUUCUAUACACCUUCAAGAGGACAUUACAAAGAAGUCAUCAAUGUUAUUUGUCCCACUUUGUAUAACUGUUGUUAUUUAAAUCAUGCAAGAGAGGUUGAUCUUGUGAAGCUAGGAGCAGUGCCACACCUCAAAACUUUAUCAAAAAUUAACCUUCCAUUUCGUCAAUUUGUCUUGCCGGUAUUAUGUGAAUUAGUUCAUUGCGAUGAAUAUGUACGACAAGUCUUAUUUAAACAAGAUAUUUUAGCUGUGUACUUUAAUUUGCUUAUAGAUCCAUAUUGGCAAUCAAAUGCAUUGGACUCUAUCCUUAGUUGGUCUCAACAUGCUCCAGAUCUAGUGAAACUAGAUACGCCGAAGGCCAUCGAUUGCUUUGUUGGAGGUUUCAUGCUACCUAAAGUAUCCAGUUUGGAAUCCACCUUGGACAAUUACUUGAAAUUAAUUACCGUGGAUAGAGCAGUGUGCUUUUCUAUGGCCAAAGAAUCAAUAAUCAAUAAUAUCUUACUUAAAUUGAACGUUCAUAAUAAGAAUCCGGUGGUGCAAUUGAAUUUGCUACGUAUAUUAAAGAGCCUUGUCAAUAUUGUGAAGAAGACAAACAUGCUUGACAAGUUAGACAUUUCCCAAAACUUAAUUACUACGUUGAAAACAUUGAAGUCUCGCAAAACAUCUGUCUUAGUGGAUGAAUUAGCCAUAGAAAUAGUUUCUCUAGUUAUGUAG